AUGUCUGGUCAAAAUGAUGAAAUUGCUCUAAUUGAUCCAAAUGUCGAUCCAUAUCGAUAUUUGGGCAUUAGGCGUAAUACGGACGACUCUAUUAUACGUCUACCAGAAUCAACUCUUCCGUUUGCCACUACUAUUCCUGAUCUUUCCUUAGUCUUCACUAAAGAUCUCAUCAUUAACCCCACCAAAAACACAUUGGCUCGUAUUGUCAUCCCUCGUAAAGUACUAAACUCAAACAAUAUCAAUACCACAACCAAACUCCCUCUUAUAGUAUAUUUUCAUGGCGGAGGAUUCGUAAUUGCAGCUAGUGUAGACACACCGUUCUUACAAACGUUUUAUGAAACACUUGUGGCUGAAAUUCCAGCCAUAGUUGUAUCUGUCGAUUAUCGAUACGCACCCGAAAAUCGACUUCCAGCAGCUUAUGAUGAUUGUAUCGAAUCACUGCAUUGGAUCAAGAACAAUCCUGAUGAGUUGCUGAAAAAAUAUGCUGAUUUUUCUAAGUGUUUUCUCAUGGGGACAAGUGCAGGUGGUAACAUAACUUACCAUGUAGGUUUACAAGUCGCUGGAAUUAGUGAAUACCUUAAGCCUUUAGAAAUCAAAGGAUUGAUUUUACAUCAUGCUUUCUUUGGUGGGAAUGAAAGGACACAAUCGGAACUAAGGUUAGCUUUUAACAAGAUAUUGUCACUAAAUGUGAGUGAUAUUAUGUGGGAGUUAGGUUUGCCUAUAGGAAGUGAUCGUGAUCAUCCUUAUUGCAAUCCAAUGGGGGAGAUUAAAUCAAAUGAUAAUUUGUUUGACCAAGUGAAAAUACAAGGUUGGAAAGUUUUGCUGAUUGGUUGUGAUGGUGAUCCUUUGAUUGAUAGACAAACUGAACUUUCGAAAAUGUUGAAAGAAAAAGGGGUGCAAGUUGUGGACAUUUUUAGUGAGGGAGGGUUUCAUGCCUGUGAAUUUUUUGAUCCUAACAAGUUGAAAGAAUUGGCCGUUGUUAUAAUGGAGUUCGUGAGAGGUUAA